ACACACACACACAUAGCCACCACUGGCGACAUGAGGCACACUUCUGUUUGCAUGGGAAGAUCGACGGUGAAGUAGAACCGAACUUCAGACUCUUUGAUCGGCGCUCUUCCCCGAAAUGAACUGGAGAGCAGAGCGCUAGGGCCCGCCCACUCUUAUGGGGACAACGCAACGUUGAAAAGGGUGUGGUCAUAUUGUGUGUGACCAAGUCGUUGCGAAGAGUACUACCCCUGGAGAAAAUAGAGGCACGACAGGGAGUACAACACCUGGUGCCAUGGCCUACCAGCAGAAACUGGCCGAGAAGCUGACUGUCCUCAAUGAGAGGGGCAGAGGGGUCCUCAUUCGGAUGAAACACAUAAAGACGGUAUGCUCUGACCCUCAGCUCAAACCCUCGUUCUUGACAGAGAAGGCAAUGGAGCCUGCUGUCAAAUACAUCAACAAGAAAUUCCCAAACAUUGACCUCCGAGGAAACAUUCAAAAUCUAUCUGGUGUCCAGAAGCAGAAGUCAGAAAUACUCGUAGCCCUCACAAGUUACUACUAUUCCUUCAUUGAUGUGAUGGAGUUCAGGGAUCAUGUGUAUGAACUCUUGAACACCAUAGAUGCUUGCCAGUGCUUUUUCAAUAUAACAGUGAACUUUGACUUCACCAAGAGCUACCUGGACCUCAUUGUGACCUACACCUCUGUCAUUAUGAUGCUUUCCCGUAUCGAUGACAGGAAGGUGCUCACUGCCAUGUACAACUGUGCACAUGAGAUGUCUAAUGGCAACAGUGAUCCUUCUUACCCCCGGCUGGGACAGAUGAUCUUGGAGUAUGACCACCCAUGGAAAAAACUGACAGAAGAGUUUGGCCCCCAUACUAAAUCGGUGACGGGUGCUGUGCUCUCACUGCACAUGGUGUACCCGCGCAGGAACCUGGGAGCUGAGCAGUGGCGUAGCGCCCAGCUCCUCAGUCUGCUGAGCGUGCCAGCCGAUAUGCUCUCCCCAGCCUGCUGUGAAACCAUGCCUUGUGAGUACCUGCCUAUGGAGGUGAUGGAGCGCUGGAUCAUCUUGGGGUUCCUGCUCUGCCACAGCAGCCUGAACACUAACCAGGCUUCACAGGACCUGUGGAAGAUGGCACUGCGCAGUGGCCUGUACAUCACGCUCAUCAGAGAUGAGACAAUCAACAUACAUAAGGUCACAGAGGACUACUUUGACACCCUCAAAGGAUACAGCAAGCGGAUUGCAGAUAUCAAAGAGUGCAGAGAACAUGUCAUAGUUAACUGUGGAGCCAUACACAAAGAGAAAAGACAAUUCUUACGAAAUGCAAUAAAAGAAUUGUGUAAAAUUCUAGAGGAUGAACCAGGACUGCUGGGACCUAAGGCCUUGUAUGUGUGCAUGGCCCUGGCGUUUUCUCGCGAUGAAGUGCUCUGGCUUGUCCGGCACUCAGAGAACGUCCCCAAGACCAAGACUCCUGAAGACUACAUAGACUCGCAACUGGCCGAACUGCUGUUCUACACAGAGAAACUGAAGACAUUGAUGUGCCGGCACAGCCGUGUACUGCAGCGUUACCACCUUCAGUACCUGGCGCAAUUUGAUGCCCUUGCAUUAAACGACACAAUACAGAACAUGAAUGUGUGUCCAGAAGAAGAAUCAGUUCUGAUGACAUCAUUUGUCUCUACACUGUCUGCAUUAACAGUGAAGCAAGUGGAAAAUGGGGAGGAGUUUGAUUUCAGAGCUCUCAGACUGGAUUGGUUAAGGCUGCAGGCGUACACCAGCAUGGCUAAGGCUCCACUCUGUCUCAAAGAUUAUCCUGACUUGGCCAAGAUAAUGAACAUGACUGAGUUUCACACCAAAAUGAUGGAUGACAUUGAUGGGGUCCUUCGAGAAACCUCAGAUCUUUCAAUACUCUGCUUCUACCCACGUGUCUUUGAGAAGAUGUUUUCUCAAGGCUGUGAAGACGUAUUAAUGCAAAGAUAUCUUAUUGCAUUUCCUUUGGUCUGCUCGCACUUCAACCAAUGUACUCAUCAGAUGUGCCCAGAAGAGAUGGAUGCCAUAGAGAAGAGAAGUCUGAGAUUUUGUGUGACAUUCCUGGAAGAAAUUGCAAAGCAGACAUGCAGUAUUGUGCUGGAGAUCUGUGCAGAGCAGUGCAACUUGGAUGACCAGCUGCUGCCAAAGCACUGUGCUCACACCAUCAGCACCGCCCGCAACAAGAAGCAGAAGAAGCAGGUGCCGAAAAAGGGGGAAGUGCAGAGGGAAAAGCCGGGGACUGAAAGCAUGAGAAAAGACAGAGCCGUUGUCACCAACAUGGACAAGCUUCACCUGACCCUCACAGAGCUGUGCUCCUCCCUGAACUACUGCAAUCACUUCACCGUGUGGGACCACGUCAUCAUCCCCCCCGAGUACCUUCUCUCACAGCUGGAAAUAAACCUCGCCAAGGUCAUCGUGCGAAUGGCCAAUUACAACAAGGCCACCCAUGAGAUCACUCGUCCGUCAGACCUGUUAGCAGGGAUCAAGGCAUACACAUCCAGCUUGUACACCCUAUCCCGGUACUUGAGUGUGGACGUCACCCGACUGGUGAAAAGUGUUCUGCUGCAGCAAACCCAGCCACUGGACUCCCAGGGGGACCAGACCAUCACCACUCUCUACACCAGCUGGUAUCUUGAGGGCCUUCUUCGGCAAGCGAGCAGUGCCUUAAUUAUCCACUGUCCCACCAUGCAUUGCUUUGUCAACCAGCCCAAUGAGAAUGAAACAAGAUUCAAAGCAGAGGAGUACUCUGAUGUCUCUGAGUUGCAAGCACUGGCAGAGCUGAUUGGUCCAUAUGGACUGAAGUUCCUGACUGAGAACCUAAUGUGGCAUAUCACCUCACAAGUCAGCGAGCUGAAGAAACUUGUGAUUGACAACAUGGAUGUUCUAGUGCAGAUAAGAUCAAACUUUGAUAAGCCCGAGGCAAUGACCAAUCUCCAGAGCAGGCUCCCAGCAUCUGAGAAUGUUUUGAAGAGAAUGACCAUCAUUGGCGUGAUCUUGUCCUUCAGAGCCAUGAUACAGGCUGCACUGGGAGAUACCAUGCAGAAACAUUGUCCCUACCUGAUGGGACCAACUGAGUGCCUUAGGGACAUGAUCUCUCCAGAAACAGACAUUAAGGCAACUCUAAGUGUGUUUGAGCUGGCCUCUGCAGCAGGACUGUCUUGUGACAUUGAUCCUGCCCUUGUCACGGCCAUCGCCAACAUGCGCACAGAUGGUUCAUCUUUAGAGGAGGAGUACAAGUUGACAUACCUCCUCCUGAUCUACGUCGCAGUGUCACUUCCCAUUCUCGCGGUGGACCCUAAUUCAUACUACAGCCGUGAAUAUGGAGGGCACCAUAACAACAUCCAUUGUCUUGCCACUGCCAUAAACCAAUUGUCAGCAGCUAUGUUUACAGCUCAAAACAAGAACAUAGAGCAGCACUUGAAGGAAUUCCUCUUUGUGGCCUCUUCCACCUUACUGCAACUGGGUCAGAAUGUGGAGAGAACUGACAGCAAAAACAGAGAUUCCAUUUACCUACUUCUGCACAUGAUAGUGGAAGAGUCCCCAUUCCUUAGCCAGGACAUGCUGGAGAAGUGCUUUCCAUAUGCCCUGUUGCGCAAUGCCUACAGAGAUGUGUACAAGUCAUCCAUCAUUACUUUGGGUUGACGAGUCACAUGCCACUUUCUACUAAUAAGAGCCACACAGGGUGCAUUAAAUUAAUCAUACAUAACAUGGCCCAGUUAUCUAAUGACCUCUGAAAAUUCCCAAUGAAAUUUGGUAAACCACUCAGCUAAAGCUACUAUAAACAGUAUGUGUCUGUCAAAGUGUAAUUUUCUGCAGCUGCUUCUAAAUAAAAAUGAGC